AUGAACCGAAGAGAUGAAUGCAAGCAAAGAGACCUGCAGCGUUCACACCGAAGCGAGAAGGCUCCAUUUGAUUUGAGGAGGGAGAAAUACUUGAUUCCUCUGUGCCCCAAUUGCUCGGCCCUCCCCGGAGGCCUGUCUGCAGACGGCACAAGCAGCCCUGCGUCCUGCAACAGCAGUGAAGUCAGGGGACCUCUGGACCUCGAGGACUUGAACCUGACGGAUGAGGCACUGAGGAUCAAGUACCUGGGGCCACAGCAGAUGGAGACGCCCUGGCCCAUCUGUGCCACGUACCUGCUGAUCUUCGUGGUGGGCACGGUGGGCAAUGGGCUGACCUGUGUCAUCAUCCUGCGCCACAAGGCCAUGCGCACGCCCACCAACUUCUACCUCUUUAGCCUGGCCGUGUCCGACCUGCUGGUGCUGCUGGUGGGGCUGCCCCUGGAGCUGUACGAGAUGUGGCACAAUUACCCCUUCCAGCUGGGCCUGGGGGGCUGCUACCUGCGCACGCUGCUCUUUGAGACUGUCUGCAUGGCCUCAGUGCUCAACAUCACAGCCCUGAGCGUGGAGCGCUAUGUGGCUGUGGUGCAGCCGCUCAAGGCCAGGUCCGUGCUGACCUGGGCUCGUGUGCGUCGGGUGCUGGGGGUCAUCUGGGUCCUGGCCGUACUCUGCUCUCUGCCCAACACCAGCCUGCACGGCCUCCAGCAGCUGUACGUGCCCUGCCGGGGCCUGGUGCCCAACUCGACGCUGUGCACGCUGGUCCACCCCCGGCGCGUCUACAGCGUGGUGGUGCAGGCUACCAUGAUGCUCUUCUUCGGCCUCCCCAUGGCCACCAUCAGCGUGCUCUACCUGCUCAUCGGACUGCGGCUGAGGCGGGAGAGGCUGCAGCUCUUCCAACAGGCAGCCAAGGACGGGAGAAAGGCCAGGGCCCCCAGUUCUCGGAGGGUCCACCUGCUGCUGAAGGGCCGGAGACAAGUGAUCAAGAUGCUGAUUGUGCUGGUUGUGGUGUUUGGCCUCUGCUGGGCUCCCUUCCACGCGGAACGCCUCAUGUGGAGCUUCGUGUCCCACUGGUCAGAGGGCCUGCUCCUGUCCUUCCAGUACAUCCACAUUAUUUCUGGAGUCUUCUUCUACUUCAGCUCGGCUGCCAACCCUGUGCUCUACAGCCUCAUGUCCAGCCGCUUCCGGGAGACUUUCUGGGAAUCCCUGAGCCCCACCACGCAGUGUCACCGCCACGCGCGGCGCGGCAGCUCGCACAGCCUCAGCAGGCCGACCACGGGCAGCGCGCUGUGA